UUCACUUCUUCUUCUCUCUCUCUCUCUCACACACAGACAAAGACAUAAACUUCAGUUUCAUUGUUAGAAGCCAAAGUUUCAGGUGUUCAGCAGCUACAGUUACACUUGGUAAAGAAGCCGUUAGAGUUAAUAAUGGGGUUUUCCGGCAUGUGGAUCUGCCUCUUUUCUCUUGUCAGUCUUCUACCCUUUCAGGUGUCUGAGUCUGCAACAGUAUUGGUUGAUGGAGUUUCAGAGUGGAGAAAUCCAAAGGUUCAAAUGGGAGACUCUGUCAUUUUCCAGCACAAAUUUCAUUACAAGCUCUACAUUUUCCAGAACCAGGAAGCUUUCAGUCUCUGCAACUUCACUCAGGCGACUCUCCUCACAAAACCCAAUUCUAUGUAUUACACAUGGCAUACUUCACGCCCUGGCUUCUUCUACUUCUCCUUCAACAAUGGCUCAAACAAAGCAUGCCUGGAUGGCCAAAAGCUGGCAGUUCUAGUCUCAUUACCACCCCAUCAAGAUCAUGCUGGUUCCCCGGAGCCGCCACCGCAACUGGUGGUUGCAGCAGCUCCACAACCAGUCUCCGGCGGCAAUGUGGCUUCUUCUACGGCAUUCCCUUGGCCGUUUCAGCCCCAAGAAUUAGCUUCUCCUAGCCCUGCACCUGAUUUAUCCCUCCCCGCCAGCAGCCCCAUGGGCCCUGAUACUGAAGGCCUCCCAUUUAUCAACAGCAAUCCAGCAGUGCCUCUGCCUACCGGUGAAGUUGAUUCAGCUACAAUUCGUCCUUUGCCUGCAUCUGGUCAUCAACACUCUCAACAGGAUUUGGGGUUUUCUGCUGUCCAGAGAGCUUUGAGUUGUAUAAUUUUGGUGAUGAUGAUUAUGAUCUAGAGAGAGAGGUCUUGAGGGUGAUGAUUAUACCAUAUGUAAUAUAGCUAUGUUUGACACUACUUUUGUAUCAUUACCACUUUGUGUUGGCAAAGCAAUCGAUUACUUA